CAGUCAGUUGCCUGGCAAGCGUUGAGCGCAACAGACGUGCGACAAGUGUUGCCAAGAAAAGAGAGAUAGAGCAAUAGACAGAGAGAGAGAGAGAGAGAGAGAGAACGAGAGUGUUUGAGAGAAAGAGAGCGAAGGCGAGUGCAGCGACAGGAGCUGGGCAUUUAUGAAAGCAGCGGAAGCGAAUGAAAGAAGAACCAUAUGCUGAGGCUAGCAAUUUGGCAAAUUGAAUAAUUGAGAAAUUGCCAAGUGGCAUGCCAAUGAACAAAAGAGAGGCUCGUCCCAUAGAGUGCCCAUAAAUAUUGCAAUCGAUAGCGUCAAAUCAAUAAGCAACAAAUAAACUCAACAAAUGUCUAUGAACUGAAGUAACAAAGGGCAGCAAACUAGACUCUACUGACGUACAGUUACCCACACACACUCAGACUCACACACACACACACAUACACACAUUGAGACUUUGACAGUUAGAACUUCUGUUGCUGAUACUUCUGUCGUCAUCCGCUGCGUGGCGCUUGACGCGCCAACUUAUGAAAUUGAUAUUAAAGUUCGGUGCCAUCGUCAUAUUCAAUUGUGAUUGGCAAUAGCGCGGAAGUUUCCACUUGUCAUUGCUUCAAUUAGACAAGAGUACUUACAACAAACUAAAGCAACUUCGCAUUCACUUGCGGGCAGUCAACGCAGUCGCGCUUUGGCCAACAGACGCACAUAAAUUCAAUUCGCAAUUUAAUUUUCAACUUACCGCACACAAUGCCUGCAACCGAUCAGAAGGAGCUGCAGCCCAUCAGCUCCAUCAGCUGCAAGGAGCCAGCUCCAGUCAUAGUCAGCCAUGCGAAGAAGCGCAGCAAGCGCAAGGAGAGCGCUCUGCCCUUGGGUGAACGCCAUGUGGCGGUGCUGCGCCAGGAGCUGAUGGUCAUCUUGGGCAAUUGUGGAGUCCUAGGCUCCGGCAUGGUCGUCAGCAUGCCGUCGGUGACGCUCGAUCAGCUGCGCGAUGAGACUCAGCCCUUUUGGCUAAACAAAGAUGAGGCCAGCUGGUUUGCUUCCAUCAACAACAUGGCCUGUCCUUUGGGCGGUCUGCUGGUGAGCUUUCUGCUAGAUCGCAUUGGGCGCAAGCAGACGAUACUGCUGACCAACUUGAUUGGCUUCAUUGGCUGGCUGCUGCUGGCCACGAGCUUUCUGCACACCGAGCGGCAAUAUAUCUAUGCACAAAUGCUGGUGGGACGUGCCUUGGGGGGCAUACUCAUCGGCAUGUUUGUUUCGCCUGUGGGCGUCUACUCGGCGGAAAUUAGCUUGCCCAGGAUUCGAGGCAGACUCAUAUUGGGCACUUCGAUAGGACUCGCUUCCGGCAUAUUGCUGAUGUAUUGCUUGGGCUAUUUUAUACGCAGCAAUAUUGUCCUGAUUGCCAGCAUCAGUUGCUGUUAUCAGCUGGCUGCUAUAUUGCUGGUGCUGCCCAUGCCCGAGUCACCAAGCUGGCUGCUACAAAAAGGACGCGUUACGUUGGCGCGACGCUCGCUGCGCUACUUUCGCGGACUGCGACGCCGUGAUGACGAUUGCGUGCCGGAGUUUGAGGCGGAGUUGAUGCAAAUGAAAAUGACGGCGGACAACAGUCGCGAUACGGCGGCCAGCGAGUCCUUGGGCCAGGCCAUACAGCGUCCCGAGGUGUACAAGCCAUUGCUGAUGAUGAUUGGCUUCUUUGGCUUCCAGCAGGCCUGCGGCGUGGUCGUCAUCAUCGUCUACGCCGUGCAGAUUGCCAAGCAGGCGGGCGUCAGCAUCGAUCCCGUGCUGGUGGCCGUCAUGCUGGGCGUGGCACGCAUCAUUACGACCUUCUUUAUGAGCCACAUCUUCGAGCGGUUCGGACGCCGUCCCGCCGGCAUAUUCUCCGCCAGCGGCAUGGGCCUGUGCAUGCUGCUGCUAGCCGCUGGUGGCUGGUUCCCUGACAGCGUAGGCACUUGGUCGUGGCUGCCUGUGGCCUGCAUCAUACUGCACAUAGUCUUCUCGACGACGGGCAUGCUGACGCUGCCGUUCAUCAUGAUAUCGGAGGUGUUUCCGCAGAGCGUGCGAGGCAGCGCUUCGGGCAUUGCUGUGUUCUUUGGCAUGAUUCUGGCCUUCAUCAUGCUCAAGAUCUAUCCCAACAUGGAGGCGCUGCUGGGCACGGCCAAUCUGUUUGCCUUCUACGCGCUGGUGUCCUUCCUGGCGGCCGUCUUCAUCUAUGGCUUUGUGCCGGAGACGCGCGGCCGCACGCUGCUGCAGAUUGAGGAGCAUUGGCGCUUGGGUAGGCGUGGCAGACGCGAGAUGCGCGCUUCGCAGGCUGCCGCCAGCAUGACGCUCAAUAAUCUUAAAGAUGUGGAGCUAAGCGAGGUGUUUCUGAAGAAGUGAAUGAUGCUUAGAGACCAAACCACCAAUUAGAAAUAACAAUCUGUGAUGUGUUAAGUACUUAACUAGCCUUAGCCUAAACGAGCGAGAUAACAAUAAAAAAGAACAGCAUUUUUUUUCU